CGCGCGUGGCCAAUGGGGGCGCGGGCGCCGGCAACUUAUUAGGUGACUGUACUUCACCCCCCCUGGUGCCACCAAGUUGUUACAUGAAAUCUGCAGUUUCAUAAUUUCGGCGGGUCGGGCUGGGCCGGCCAGGCGCGGGCUACUGCGAUGGCCACCACCGGGGCCCUGGGCAACUACUAUGUGGACUCCUUCCUGCUGGGCGCCGACGCUGCGGACGAGCUGGGUGCCGGACGCUACGCUCCAGGGGCCCUGGGCCAACCCCCAAGGCAGGCGGCAGCGCUGGCCGAACACCCCGACUUCAGCCCUUGCAGCUUCCAGUCUAAGGCGGCGGUGUUUGGUGCCUCGUGGAACCCAGUGCACGCAGCGGGCGCCAAUGCGGUGCCUGCUGCGGUGUAUCACCACCACCCCCACCCCUACGUGCACCCCCAGGCGCCCGUGGCGGCGGCGGCGCCGGACGGCAGGUAUAUGCGCUCCUGGCUGGAGCCCACGCCCGGUGCGCUCUCCUUCGCGGGCUUACCCUCCAGCCGGCCUUAUGGCAUUAAACCUGAACCGCUGUCGGCCAGAAGGGGUGACUGUCCCACGCUUGACACGCACACUUUGUCCCUGACUGACUAUACUUGUGGUUCUCCUCCAGUUGAUAGAGAAAAACAACCCAGCGAAGGCGCCUUCUCCGAAAACAAUGCCGAGAAUGAGAGCGGCGGAGACAAGCCCCCCAUCGAUCCCAAUAACCCGGCUGCCAACUGGCUACAUGCUCGCUCCACUCGGAAGAAGCGAUGCCCCUACACAAAACACCAGACGCUGGAACUGGAGAAGGAGUUUCUGUUCAACAUGUACCUCACACGGGACCGCAGGUACGAGGUGGCCCGGCUGCUCAACCUCACCGAAAGGCAGGUCAAGAUCUGGUUCCAGAACCGCAGAAUGAAAAUGAAGAAGAUCAACAAGGACCGAGCAAAAGACGAGUGAGCCUUUAGGGGCUCGGCUAAAAAAAAAGAGCAAGCUAGAAAGAAAAAGAAAGGACUGUCUGUCUGUCUCCCUUAUCUCUUCUCCCCCAAACCCAGCCUCCACUACCCGCACAAAGGGGCUCUAAAUCCCAGGCCUCAUCUCUCCCUGGCUGCCCUGCUCAGGCUGGUUCCUAGGCCUGCGGCUUUGUUGGAGGAGGUAUUGUAAGCUUUCCAUUUUCUAGAAGGCACACACAUACACACACACAAGGGAGGGCAUUAGCGCUGUUGGCUGUACGUGCUAGCUUGUAUAUAUAUAUAUUUAAAAAAGAAUCUACCUGCUUCUGACUUUAAGCAAAAGGAAAGAAAACUACCUUUUUAUAUAAUGCACAACUGUUGAAGCCUGGCUGUAUAGUUUUUAGUCUCUGUAGCUAAUUUAAUUUGCUCUUCGUGUGGCAGAUCCUUCUGCCAAAAUACUUGAACACUGUGUUUUAUUGUGGUAAUUAUGUUUUGUGGCUCAAACUUCUGUGCUGGGUGAAGUACCCAUUGUGAUUGUGGAAGCUAGAAUUCAAUUUGAACUCAGGUUGUUUAUGGGGGAAGGGAGCUGUUGCAUAGAGUAUAGCUCUGUAGUGGAAUAAGUCUUCUGUGUAACUAGACUGUUAACCUAAGACUGUAAACUAGCUGUAAGGAUUUCCAAGUGAAAUCAAUUUUGGAAAGAAAAGGGAGGUAGUUCUCCGGGAUGCAUAGAUUCAUGAUUUAUCUACUUUUGAAAUGUGGGUUUCUUCAUCUUUAUACGUUCUAGACUUCAGUUUUGUUCAAUGUAUAUAAAAUCUCCAUAUUAAAGAAAUACUCAUAAUCAGAAAGCUUGAAUAUUGUUUUUGCACCAGGGGAGAAGUGAGGAAAUUCGGAGCUAUACAUGUGUGCAGAGGGUUACUACCUAUGGUUUAUGCUUAAUUUUAAUUGGGGGAAAGUGAGUGCUUAUUGUAAUGGAGUUAAUUUUAUUGAUAAUAAAUUAUGCACCAUGAAACCGCUAUUGGGCUACUGUAGAUUUGUAUCCUUGGUGAAUUUGGGGUUUCCAUCGGAUUGAACAUACACUGUAUAUUUUGCAAUAGUUACCUCAAGGCCUACUGACCAAAUUGUUUGUGUCGAGAUAUUUAACUUUUGCCAAAUAAAAUAUAUUGAUUCUU